AUGGCGGGCGAAGGCGACACGCUCAGAGCAGAGGAAACACCGGAAGCCCGCGAGGGACAGGAUGGUGAAGACGAAACCUCGCCCAAGACAUCUCCGCAGAGCUUCACGCCGCGGUCGUUACUCGUUGGCCUCGCAAUCGGGACUCUGAUAACGUUCUCAAACACCUACUUCGGCCUCCAGACGGGAUGGAUCAGUACCAUGGCGAUGCCGUCGUCCCUGAUCGGCUUUGCCGUCUUCAAAACACUCUCCCGCCAUCUGUCCUUCCCCUUUACUCCGAUCGAGAAUGUCCUGAUUCAGACCGUUGCCGGGGCCGUUGGAACGAUGCCGUUGGGCUGCGGGUUUGUAGGAGUCAUCCCGGCAUUGGAGUAUCUACUUCGACCGGGACCUGACGGUGCGAUGGAUGGGAGCGAUGGCGGCGACGGAGAAGGCGGUCCCUUGAAGCUGACGUUCUGGAAACUGGUCGUCUGGAGUCUGGGGGUCUGCUUGUUCGGAGUCGUCUUUGCUGUACCGUUGAGGAGAGAGGUUAUAGUACGGGAACGGCUGAAGUUUCCAAGCGGAACGGCAACGGCCCUUAUGAUAAACGUACUGCAUGGCGCAGGAAAGACAGACGAGAAGGGCAAAGGGGCUGCAAGGGAUUUGGAUUAUUACACAGACAGUCGAGGGGAGCGGGAGAGGUUGCUAGUGUCUAGUCAUCUAGAAGAUACUGGGUCUACGGCUGUUACACCGGAAGAUCUUGAGACUGAUAGAAGACGGAAGAAUGCAUGGAAAGCAAAGAUCAGAAUGUUGAUACUUGCUUUUGGUGUAUCCGCGCUCUACACUCUCCUGACCUACUUUGCUCCCAUCUUUCGUGACCUACCGAUAUUUGGGCUACCGUUGGCGCAUAAAUGGCUGUGGACGCUUAACCCUUCCCCUGCAUACAUUGGCCAGGGCAUCAUCAUGGGUCCUUCGACAUCCCUUCAUAUGCUACUUGGUGCCGUACUUGGAUGGGCCAUUCUGUCACCACUUGCAAAGCAUAAUGGCUGGGCACCCGGUCCAGUUGAUAACUGGGAAACCGGUAGUAAAGGAUGGAUUGUUUGGGUCUCCCUUGCGAUCAUGCUUGCUGAUUCAAUCGUCAACCUGGGAUGGCUGGUAAUUCGGCCGCUCGUUAACCACGGCCCUGGUUUCAUCGUUCGUCUUCAGCAUGACUUUGGACGAAAACGGUUUUGGAAACGCCUUUUCAACAAUAACUCCUCGUCCCGCCAGGGCUAUGCUGCUCUGCACGAACAGGGCGGCAAAGCUGAAGAUUAUGACGCCCCUCCAUCCCAGCUUAUAUCCAACCGUACCGUCAUGAUUCUCCUUCCUCUAACAUUGAUCCUUAACGUGAUAUGCAUGCAUAUAAGUUUUGGAGACCUCAUCUCCCCUUUCCUUUCCACGCUCGCGACUCUCCUGGCCCUCGUGUUAUCCGUAAUGGGUGUUCGUGCUCUGGGUGAAACAGAUCUCAACCCCGUGUCUGGCAUCAGCAAGCUGACCCAGCUCAUCUUUGCUGCAGCCACACCGGCCAGUCACCAUACCCGUCGCAGCGCAAUCAUUACCAAUCUCCUCGCCGGUGCUGUCUCGGAGGCUGGUGCCCUACAGGCCGGUGACAUGAUGCAGGAUUUGAAGACGGGACACUUACUUGGCGCCAGCCCUAAGGCACAGUUUUAUGGCCAGGCAAUCGGCAGCGUUGUGGGUGCACUUAUAUCCGCUGGUGUCUAUAAGCUUUAUGUCCACGUAUAUCCUGUUCCUGGGCCGAUGUUCCAGGUACCAACGGCUUAUGUAUGGAUAUUCACUGCGCGGCUAGUUACCGGUCAGGGGCUGCCAGAGAUGGCAUGGCCUGCUGCCGGCAUUGCCAGCAUAGUGUUUACUAUAACUACCAUCCUAAGGAUUGUGGGAACUGUGACAAGCCCCGCUGGUGGAAAGUCUCCUCAGUUUGCACCGUGGCGAGCUUGGAUUCCUGGUGGUAUCGCCGUCGCUGUUGGGAUGUAUAAUGUCCCUUCGUUCACGUUGGCCAGGGCAAUUGGGGGCGUCGUUGCGCUGGUAUGGCAAUAUCGCACAAAAUUAACACGGGAUGCCCGCACCUUGCAAAUACCGCAGGAUCCUACUACUCAAAGGAGUCAGGGGCAAGAGUCACCUAAAUCUCAGGGCGAUGAAGAUGAAGAUGCAACAUCGUCGACAAUUGUUAUUUUGGCAUCUGGCCUUAUCCUUGGCGAAGGUAUUGUUAGCAUUCUCAACUUGGUGCUCGCGAGUGCGAAAGUUCCGCACCUUUGA